AUGAGUCUUUAUCGACCACCAUCUAAUAAAGCUGAAUAUGAUACUCUGUCGUUAUUAUCCCAACAUAUGUAUGCUAAACAUCGCAAUAUAUUUAUUGGUAUUGGUACUGUUAUCGUUACUGGUUUAACAACAUUUGUUAUACUUCGUAAUUAUACAUAUAAUAAUCGUGAUCAUUUAUCUAAGAUUCGUCGUGAAAUUCAAAAUGUACAACCUGGUUCAAAUUCUGUAUUUGAAGCUUAUCAUGAAAAAUUAAAAAAACGACAAGCAGAAAAAGAACUUCAACAAAAACAAGAACUUGCUAAAAAUUAA